AUGACUUCUGACGCUAGUCACAUGCUGGAAGCAGCUUUGGAGCAGAUGGAUGACAUCAUUGCAGGUACAAAGUCAGCUACAGAGUAUGCUAAUGGUUACGAUAUUGUGUCACCUGCUCCAUCAGUAUACUUGGGCACAUUUCAAAUUUUGCAUCUUCUGGAAGAUCUGAAGAUGGCCCUGGAAAUGCUGGAGGAUCCCCAGGAGAAGGAGGCACUGCGGAGUCAGAUUCCAGGGGCCACAGCAGUGUGUCUGCGGGAGUGGUUUGAAGAGAAUCUGUCACAGGUGAAUCAUCAUCCAUCUAAUAAUGAGACUUACCAGGAAAGAUUGGCACGAUUAGAAGGUGAUAAAGAGUCUCUCAUACUGCAGGUGAGUGUUCUUACAGACCAGGUGGAAGCUCAAGGAGAGAAAAUCCGGGACUUAGAAAUCUGUCUGGAGGGACAUCAGCUGAAACUGAAUGCUACAGAAGAAAUGCUUCAACAGGAAUUGCUAAGUCGCACAUCGCUGGAGACUCAGAAAUUAGAUCUAAUGGCUGAAGUUUCAGACCUGAAGAUUAAGCUGGUUGGUAUGGAAAAGGAGCAGAGUGAAUAUGAAGAGAAACAGAACAAAGCCGAGGGUUUGCUGCAGGAACUUAGGCACCUCAAAAUUAAAGUGGAAGAACUGGAAAAUGAAAGAAAUCAAUAUGAGUGGAAAUUAAAAGCAACUAAAGCUGAGAUAGCCCAGCUUCAGGAGCAGUUAGCUCUCAAAGAUGCAGAGAUAGAACGUUUGCAAAGUCAGCUCUCCAGGACCUCAUCGUACAGUGAAGUGGCAGAAAGAGAUCAAGAAGUUCAACGAUUGAAGAUAGGAAUGGAGACAUUGUUGGCUGCAAAUGAGGAAAAGGAUCGUCGAAUAGAGGAGCUCACACUGCUGCUGAGCCAGUACAGGAGGGUCAAAGAGAUCAUGAUUGCAGCUCAUGGCUCUUCUGUCUCUGGUGGCACUGAAGAGGAACUUGAGGCAACUUUAAGGAAGUGGAAUCUUUUGAAUAAUCCUCCAGGAGAAUUACUGAAAACAGAGGUUUCUUCAGGAGAAUUGCCACCAGCUGUGCUCCAUCCAGUGCCACACAAAGCUAUGGAAAUCAGGGCUCCACAGAAGAAAAAGUCAAGUAGUUUAGAAGAUUUGCAGAGUGAAUCCCUGGAAAAGUAUGUAGAUGGAAAACCAGCACAGCCUGUUGUAGAGCAAGAGAGCAAGCCAGUUGUGAAAGGCAGCAAGUACCAAACCUUGCCAGGAAAGCUGCCCCGACCCUUACAGAAUGGAGAGCAGGGAACAUAUAACUCAGCAGAUGGAUGUGGCAUGAGUGACAGUGAGGACAACGGCGUCCCAGGCCUAAGAGAAACAGAGAACGUGGAUGGUAGAGUAGUCUCAGAUGACCUCUCAGCUCUUUCUUCUGGAACGGAUUCUGGUCCACAAUCUCCAUGGUGUCCAGAAAGCAAAAAGAGUCCAAAAGGGAUCAGGAAAAUCUGGGGAAAAAUAAGAAGAACUCAGUCAGGUAACUUCCCUGCAGACGACCUGGGCUUGGCAGAGUUUCGGAGAGGUGGUCUCCGUGCCACAGCUGGACCUCGGUUAUCCCGCUCCAAGGACACCAAGGGCCAGAAGAGUGACUACAAUGCCCCGUUUGCUCAGUGGAGCACUGAAAGGGUUUGUAACUGGCUUGAGGACUUCGGGCUGGGUCAGUACGUCAUUUUUGCACGGCAGUGGGUGACGUCAGGACAUACACUGUUAACUGCAACACCUCAGGACAUGGAAAAGGAAAUGGGGAUAAAGCAUCCACUGCACAGGAAGAAAUUAGUUUUGGCCAUUAAAUCAAUAAAUGCAAAACAAGAUGAGAAGUCUGCACAACUUGAUCAUAUCUGGGUGACGCGAUGGCUUGAUGACAUUGGCUUACCCCAGUACAAAGACCAGUUUCAUGAAUCCAGAGUAGAUGGAAGGAUGUUGCAGUACUUAACUGUGAAUGACCUUCUCUUUCUGAAAGUCACCAGUCAGUUGCAUCAUCUGAGUAUCAAAUGUGCCAUUCAUGUGCUGCAUGUCAAUGGAUUUAAUCCUCACUGUCUACGCAGGAGACCAAUAGAGGAGGUAAAGAAUAACGUGUCACCUUCUGAAGUGGUUCAGUGGUCCAACCACAGAGUGAUGGAAUGGCUCAGAUCAGUCGACCUGGCAGAGUAUGCACCAAACCUUCGAGGCAGUGGAGUGCACGGGGGCCUGAUCAUCCUUGAACCUCGCUUCAACGGCGAUGCGCUGGCCAUGCUCCUGAACAUCCCACCUCAGAAGACCCUCCUGCGCCGCCACCUAACCACCAACUUCAAUGUGUUAAUUGGGCCAGAGGCACAACAAGAAAAAAGAGAAAUAAUGGAGUCAGCAGCAUACACACCUCUGACCACCACUGCCAAAGUUCGGCCAAAGAAACUUGGAUUUUCGCAUUUUGGAAACUUAAGGAAAAAGAAGUUUGAUGAAUCCACAGACUACAUUUGUCCUAUGGAUACAAACGCAGCUGCUAUGAAUGGGACUGCAAAAAACUAUGGUGGAUACAAAGGCCUCAGUCCUUUCUCUGAUAGGGAACUGGAUCAGAUGGAACCCUCAGAAGGCACAGUAAUGCAAAUAGGGGCUCUCUCUCAAGGCAUAAGCCAACUCACGGUAUGUACUCAUUGCUUUAAAGUCACAAAUGUUUUCUGCUGUUGUUAA